CCCUGCAUUAACUUGGGGACAAUGUGGGGCUGGACACUGUGGAUGCUCCCUCUACUCUGCGAAUUUGGCCUGGCAGCUCCACAUGGCCUGGAUCUGUGGCGAGUCCUGGGACUAGCUGAGGUGGAUGGAAGAAGGCCAGUGCAGUUGCUGUGGAAGAAGGCAAAAGGAGCCCCGGUCCUGGAGAAAACUCUUGGCUACAACAUAUGGUACUUUCCAGAAAACAACACUAACCUCACAGAGACAAUGAACACCACUAACCAGCAGCUUAAAUUGUAUCAGGGAGGCAAGACCUACCGGGUAUAUGUGAUUUCUUACAAUUCUCUUGGGGAGUCUCCAGUGGCCACGCUGAGGAUUCCAGCUAUUGAUGAAAAGUCAUUUCAGUGCAUCGAGGCCAUGCAGACCUGCUUCACUCAGGACCAGCUGGUGGUGGAGUGGCAAAGCUCUGCUCUGGAGGUGGAUACAUGGAUGAUUGAGUGGGUCCCAGAUUUGGACUCAGAGUCCUCGACCAUUUCCUGGGAAUCUGUGUCUCAGACCAGGAACUGGACGAUCCAGUAGGAUGAACUAAAACCUUUCUGGUGCUAUAACAUCUCUGUGUAUCCAAUGUUGCAAGACCGAGUGGGUGAGCCAUAGUCUAUCCAGGCUUAUGUCAAAGAAGGUGUUCCAUCAGCAGGUCCCAUGACAAAGGCAGAGAACAUUGGUGUGGAGACAGUCACAAUUACAUGGAAGGAGAUUCCCAAGAGUCAGAGAAAUGGUUUCAUCAACAACUGUACCAUAUUUUACCAAGCUGAAGAUGGAAAGGAAUUCUCCAAGACAGUCAACUCCAGCAUCCUGCAGUAUAGCCUGGAGUCCCUGACACGAAAGACCUCUUACACUGUUCAGGUCAUGGCCAGCACCAGUGCUGAGGGAACUAGUGGCACCAGGAUAAACUUUAAGACAUUGUCAAUUAGCGUCUUUGAGAUUUUCGUUAUAACUUCUCUGGUUGGAGGGGGCCUUCUUAUUCUCAUCAUCCUGACGGUGGCAUAUGAUCUCAAAAAACACAACAAAUUAAAGCACCUAUGUUGGCCCAAUGUCCCCAACCCUGCUGAAAGCAGUAUAGCCACGUGGCGUGGAGAUGAUUUCAAGGAUAAGCUAAAUCUGAAGGAGUUUGAUGACUCUGUGAACACAGAAGAAGAUGGGAUUCUAAAACCAUGUUCUGCCCCCAGUGACCUUACUGACAGGUUGGUGGUAAAUUCUGAGAAUUUUCUGGAAAUGGUUUCCACAGAGGAACCUGAAAAGGGUCAGGAAAAUAUCUUGGGAGGGGAAAAGAAUGAGUACAUGACCUCCCCAUAUGGGACUUAUUGUCCCGCAGUUUCAGUCGAGAUUCCACCCAGAGAAUCGCAACACCUGCGUUCUGGAACGCCAGAGGGGAUCUGCUCAGAAGCCAAAGAGCAUCCUCUCCUUCCUACCCAAGGUUUAGGGCCAGACCAUCUCUGUGGGGAAGGAGCACCAAGCCCAUACUUGGAAAAUACAGUGACAACCAGAGAAUUUCUCAUGUCUGAAAAACUUCUAGACCAAACCCAAAGAGAAGUCUAA